ACCUCCACCUCUUCCAGAGGCAAAGGCUUCACUUUUACCCUUCUUUGCACCUGUCGCCCACGGAGCAACGUGAGGAGUCGCAUUUAAGGAGAAAUUCGGAGAGAGAGAGAGAGAAGAAACCGACCACCGAAUCCUGACUGUAAAGCCAAAGCCCCCUCCCCCUUCCUUUUUGGUUUCCUGUUUGCCCAGAGUUUGCGGCAAUUCCCGCAGCCCUGCUCCUCGGGCAUUCACCCAAACACACAGCCCACAAAGAGCAGGGCAAACUCCACGUGAAGCGAACACGCCGGGAAACGACUGAACCUUGAGCUGACCAAUGCCUGCCUUGUGGCAUCAGUUUGGCGCUGGAGCGAGUUUGGUUGUUGUGAACGGCGCUUAACUCCGGGGGAAGGGCUGCACAAGUUCUUCAAUAAUGGAGGAGGCUGCUGGGCGCCCUUGGAGUAGGCGCUUUGCUUGUCCCGCUUGUUUGGUGGUUUUCUGUAAUUUGGAGGAAAUGCAUUUUCAUUCCAAGCUCUUUCACCAGCUUCAUCUAACUGCCAGCCAGGAAGAAACCGUCCCAAAGCACCUAGGAGAACAGCUUCCAAUCUUUGUGCCUGAAGAGUUAGUUUCCAGUUCCCAUACGUUCAAGAGUAAGGCUUUCAAAAAGCCAAAAACCUGCAGCAUCUGCAAACAGCUCAUCAGCAGCAGUCAAGGCCUUUCAUGCAGAGUUUGCAAGUAUGCGUGUCACAAGAAAUGUGAGUCAAAGGUUGUGACACCGUGCUUGCCACCAGUCAACUAUGAGCUGCCUGAUAACUCGGAUGCAUUUGUAUGCCAUGUAACCAGUCCGGCUUCAAACAGUUUUCUGAAGAGCUCAUCUUUCAGUCACAAUAACUCUUCUCAGAGUGUAGAAUCGGGCAACAUUAUGGAGGAGGGUUAUGAGCUUGAUCUGACUUAUAUUACUGAGCGCAUCAUCGCUGUAUCUUUCCCUGCUGGCUGUUCAGAAGAGACAUAUUUCCAUAACCUACAGGAUGUAACACGGAUGCUGAAAUCCAAACAUGGAGAUAAUUAUUUGGUAUUCAACCUUUCCGAAAGGAGGUAUGACCUUGCCAAGCUUAAUUCUAAGGUGAUGGAUGUAGGUUGGCCUGACCUUCAUGCGCCACCACUAGAUAAAAUGUGUACCAUAUGCAAAUCAAUGGAGACGUGGCUAAACAGUGACCCACUUCAUGUGGUGGUUAUCCAUUGCAGAGGAGGCAAAGGGAGAAUCGGAGUGGUUAUUUCAUCUUACAUGCACUUCACCAACAUUUCUGCAAGUGCUGAUCAAGCUCUUGACAGGUUUGCUAUGAAGAAGUUCUAUGAUGAUAAAGUUUCUGCCUUAAUGCAGCCAUCACAAAAGCGGUAUGUCCAUUUUUUAAACGGUCUGCUGUCUGGUUCGGUGAAAAUGAACACCACUCCCUUGUUUCUGCACUUUGUCAUUUUGCAUGGCAUUCCCAGCUUUGAUACUGGAGGAGUUUGCCGCCCAUUUCUAAAGAUUUACCAAGCAAUGCAACCAGUCUACACAUCAGGAAUCUAUAAUGUUGGGCCAGAAAAUCAGAGCAGAAUUUGCAUUUCGAUAGAGCCAGCCCAGCUGCUGAAAGGUGAUAUAAUGGUUAAAUGCUACCACAAGAAGUACCGUUCUGCAACGAGAGAUGUUAUAUUCCGGCUUCAGUUUCACACAGGCUCUAUCCAAGGUUUUGGGUAUGUGUUUGGGAAGGAGGACCUGGACAAUGCCAAUAAAGAUGACAGGUUUCCUGAAUAUGGGAAGAUUGAACUGGUAUUCUCAGCAAGUCCAGAGAAAAUACAAGGUUCUGAGCAUCUCCAGAAUGAUCAUGGUGUAACUGUGGAUUAUAACACUGCUGAUCCAUUGAUCCGAUGGGAUUCAUAUGAGACGCUCACCGCUGAUGGGGAAGUGUCACACACCCAAGGGCCAAUUGAUGGAAGUCUGUAUGCCAAGGUACGAAAGAAAAGCUCUUCUGAGGGCAACAUUCCUAUUGGUGGUGCUCACGCGACUACGGGACCUGACCAAAUUGACCACACUCUGUCAGUCAGCAGUGACUCUGGGAACUCCACAGCCUCCAUAAGAACAGACCGGACAGAGGAGCACUUGCCACCAGGUGUUAAGCGAGGCCUAAGCCUGCAAGAGAAAGCUGAGUUGGACAGGCUUUUAAGUGGAUUUGGGCUGGAGAAUUCUGUACAGUUGAAGGAUAUGACUGAAACAAAAGUAAAAUACAGUGGAGUACGUCACAUUGUACCAGUUCAAGUUCAUGUGAAUGGUGAACUGAAAGCCAAGGACAGAGAGACUGAUAUUUUAGAUGAUGAAAUGCCAAAUCAUGACCUGCAUAGUGUGGACAGCAUAGGGACACUUUCCUCUUCAGAAGGCCAACCGUCAAACAAUUUGGGAAACUUCAGUUUUCACAAGAGCAGUCAGAACUCUUUGCUAUCAGAUGGUUUUGGAAGCAACACUGGAGAUGAUCUGCAUAAUGCUGUUGUACCUGACCUUGGAAUAGGCACAGAAACAGUGUAUGACAGAACAUUUGUUGGAGUUACUGAGGGAAAGAACACCUUUCAACGACCAAGAAACCCUUCACUGUCUGCACAACCACAGGGUUAUAACCAAAGCAAUUAUUCAACUCAAACCUGGGUGCGGCAACAGCAAAUGGUUGCUGCUCAACAGUAUGCCUAUCCAGCAGAAAAUGACUUGAGGAUUGCAAUGGUGGGCACUGGAGAAGAUCAGAGCCGAACACAAACAACAUCUAAACUUCCUGAUACUCCUGCAAGAGGGUCUAGCAGUAGAGAUGCUGUGCAGAGGGGGCUUAGCACAUUAUCAGGAGACAGUAAGUUACAAGACCACCAAACCCCUGAAGUCUUGUUUGAACAUGAAAAUCAAGGUCUCAAACCUGCUGAGGUUGAUCAGACUGCUGAAGGUGCAGGGUUGGGAUCUAAAAAGCAAGAUUUGUCUACGUCCCCAACUUUGGAUAUUGAUCAGUCAAUUGAACAGCUUAAUAAGCUGAUAAUGGACCUAGAUCCUACGUUUGUCCCAAUUCCAACACGUGUUAAUUCUGUAAAUAAAGGCGCUCUUCUCAAGAAAGAUGUAAACCUGCAAGGAAGCAACAGUGUGAAUCCAAUGGCCCAAGAACAAACUGAAAGGAUCUCUGGAGUUGACUGCCAACAAGGUGUGCAAGCGGAUGAAGGUCACAUAACAUUAGGAAGGGCAAGGAAAUGGAGCAUUGGACAAUAUGAACAAGAUGAUGCUCAGCUGUUGUAUGAUCAAAGUGGAUGGAUGAAAUCCUCUGCCCCUUGCCACUCCGUGUCCACUGCAACAUUCAGCACAACUAACCAGUCAGGGGAGUUAAACAUAUCAGGAUGUAGCAUUGGCCAGGAUGAGGUGGAUGGCAGAUUGUUAAACUCUUCCUCUGGAAAUGAAGUGGUUCCUCCCACACCAGCGUUUCCUGUGUCACCACCUACUCCAUAUGUGAAAGUUAUGAAGAACUUUUCUGCACUUUCUGUGCAUGGAGUUGGGGAACAGAGCAACAACAUUUCAGAUGGCUACGGAGCAACUCAAGAAAUCCGAAGUUACAUGGAAGGCAUCAACAACCAUUCAGUAGUGCGUUCGGACAGCACUGUGGUGACAAACCCUAUUCUGUACGGCAGUGAUGCUUCAAUGACUAAUCCAUCUUUGCAGCGACCUUUUGGCUCAGUGUGCUCAGUUUCCACCAACAGCCAAGUCUCCAAGACAAACAGGUGGGACAUCUUAAAAACUACAUUCAGUAGCCCACCUGCCUGGUCAGAGAGUGCCCAGAAAGGUGUGCCACCAGUAACGGGGACUAGCAGAUCAACAGAAAGCUACCUUGGUUCCUCAGAGUUUGGUGUUAACUUGGGAAGUCCACCACAGGAGGCCUCUAUCGUGUCACAGUUUUCUUCUCCGGGAUCACAAGUUGUCUCUCCAAACAACCACUCUAUUCACAUGAGUAAUCCUGAGAGCCUCACUUCAAACCUACAACAAGAUAGUGCUGGAGGAACCCCUACGUUGCAUCAUUUGGCUGCAGAUUCCAGUAACCAGGGUUACCAGCACUACAGUGUCAGCAGUGGACAUCAGUAUGAUGGAGAACAAGCCACACUAUCUAGUCUUUCUAUCAGAUCAAACAACACCACUUCAAACAUGAACUCCUCGGCGACUGGUUUCCUGGGUAAUGGUAGUCUGCAAGAGGGAGUACUUACAGCAGUUAGUGGGCAGGCACAAAGCAAUGCAACACUAAUGAAUGAUGCUUUGAGUCUGAAUGUGCACCCUCCACUGCCAGAGAAGAAAAGGAUUUCUGAGGGGGAUCAUUCAUUUACCUCCAUCUCACCAGCUUCAAGUGGCUUUUCAAGUCCUCACAGUGGAAGUACAAUCAGCAUUCCAUUCCCCAGUGUCCUUCCUGACUUUUCUAAAGUCGUAAAUACUUCUGUUGUACGAGUUCCAGAUACUGCUUUCUCAUCUGACAAACAUGUCACUGUAAAAUUCGUGCAAGACACAUCCAAAUUUUGGUAUAAGCCAGAGAUAUCACGUGAACAAGCCAUUGCAUUACUAAAGGACAAGGAGCCAGGGUCAUUCAUUGUUCGGGACAGCCACUCUUUCCGAGGUGCCUAUGGAUUGGCAAUGAAAGUUGCUACACCUCCAGCUUCUGUGCUUCAGCAAAGCAAGAAAGUGGGAGACUUAUCGAAUGAGCUGGUCAGACAUUUCCUGAUUGAAUGUACCCAGAAAGGAGUCCGAUUAAAGGGUUGCCCCAACGAACCAUACUUUGGGAGUCUGACUGCAUUGGUUUAUCAACAUUCCAUCACACCACUGGCAUUGCCUUGCAAGUUACUCAUCCCUGACAGAGAUCCUUUAGAAGAUGGAACAGAUGCUUCUGCCCAAGCUGCUACUAACUCUGCUGCAGAACUAUUAAAGCAAGGGGCAGCAUGUAAUGUGUGGUAUUUAAAUUCUGUGGACAUGGAGUCUCUGACAGGCCAUCAAGCAAUCCAGAAAGCAACAUCAGAAACAUUGAUGCAAACUCCAUCUCCAGCCUCCACUGUUGUACAUUUUAAAGUCUCUGCCCAAGGCAUUACGCUGACUGACAAUCAAAGAAAGCUAUUCUUCAGAAGACAUUAUGCUGUCAACACAGUGAUUUUCUGUGCCUUGGACCCACUAGAAAGGAAGUGGACAAAAGAUAGUGCCUCAGCAAAAAUCUUUGGAUUUGUGGCAAGGAAACAAGGAAGUGCCACUGAUAAUGUCUGCCACCUGUUUGCCGAACAUGACCCUGAGCAGCCUGCCAGUGCUAUUGUGAACUUUGUAUCAAAAGUCAUGAUAGGAUCGCAAAAGAAGUAAAUAGAUUCUGCUGCCAGACCCUAUUUUGAGAAGAAUGACCCUCUUUUUAAAACAAACUAAGAAAAAAAAAACUGCAGGACGACAAUAAUUUGGAGCAAUAACAGGUCAUGUUUGGAAGGUUUGUAUAUGUUGAAUGAUGGUAAGAGCAGGUUUGAUUUCUUUUAAAGGGGAGCAGGGAUGUGAACUUUAGAGAAUAACUGGUCUUUCAGACAGUCAGAAAAGAUAUUUCGUUUCUGUGAUUAUUUGUUAUCAUUUGGUUUUAUUUGUUGAGGUGAAGGGUCAAUGCUUAGUUUUAUUUUUUUACUGUCUUGAGCUGGUUGAGAUAAAGCAGUUUUAAAAAUAGACCAAUCAGGAAAAAAAACACUCAUAAUUUAUAUUUAUUUGACACAAUAUCCUGAAUAGAUGGCAGCUAAUCUGAUGAUUGUACAAUACAAACACAUUUAGGUAAAUGUGCUCAAUCACAGUUUGGCUGUCAAUUUUGUGUUACUAAGCAUUCUUGGAGGUGCAUGCCAUUCUAUAUUGUGUGCAACACCUUGUGUAUCAUUCCAGAAUCACUGGCAUUUUAGUACAAGUAGGAUAGAUAUUAAGGUUUAUGUAGAACUAUUUUAUAUCACUGCAAUUUUUUUUUUACAAUCUACACAACUAUAUACAGUUGGGUAUGAAAUUCUUGCCAAAGACAUACCAUUUAACCAGCACUUUGAACUACCGUGUAAACGUGAGUUCAGUGAAUGAAUUCCACCCUUUCCCUUCUAUUAAACCACUGUAUCCUACCCAUGUGUUGCUUCCAGUGUUAACUAAUUGUGAAAAUGCCAAAAUACAAGUAUGAGUUUUCACUUUGACCAAUAAUAUGUAUUAUCAAAAUUAUCAUUUUACUCAUAACUGUCUGCUUUGGCUAUUCUGUAUUUUGUAGUAUUCUUCUAAGCAUUCUGUAAAAAAAAACUUGUACUCAUUAUGUAAAUGAAUUAUGUUCUAUAAUUCUUUGUAUAGUCCUUUUCCAUCCUUUGAAACACAAUCUAUUAAAAUUAUAAUAAAUACAAUAAA